UGUCCAUACUAAUGUCAAGAGUGUCAAUUUGUCUGGAUUUUGUGCAGUGUGUGUAUUACAUCUACAAGAGAACUUAAAAUAUUUUUUAAAUACUGCAUGUUCUGUUACUCCUACGCGCGAAAUGUUUAUCUAUAGAAUAUGUUGCUUUUGAUAGUACUUAUCUAACAGUGGGUAAAAUCUAUGAACACUUAAAUAUCACAUCAAAUGAAUUAUGAAUAUGUUUAGUGCUACUUGUUUGAGUUUCUUUAUUUUAUUGAUUGCCCUGAAUAUUGAAAUCACUCUAUCUCAAUACAACAAGCCGUGGGGUGAUAAAUAUGAAAAUAACAAGUGUCCAAAAUUGUAUCCAAAAAAUUUCGUUAAUUACAUUCCUGUAGGUAACUUGACUGCUGGAAAUUAUUCUGAAAAAAAUGGGCUUAAAGGCUUGAGACAAUGUGUGAUGGCAUGUUGUCUCAGUGAUACCUGCAAUAUCGUGUUCAUCGUGGACAGGAGGUGCUUCCAUGUGGAGUGCGUCAGUGAUGAGCUGUGCCUGCCUCUGCCAAGAGUAGGGAGCAGGAAGUGGGACGCUCAUGUGUCCAUGAUACUUGUAAAACCUGUGCUACCUAGUGAAAACUGGGCAGACAUCUUAGAUCAAUCAAGUUACAAUGAAGUAAACACAAACUUUUCACCAGAAGAAGAAAGUUUGUACUCUCCAUACACCAGUCAUAGAAAUGAUCUAAUGCCUGAAGAUGAUGACUCCAAUUUCCUCUCAAGGUUUAUCAACAAUUUGCCUUCCAUGGAAGAGGAUGAGAGAAAUUUUGAUAAAUACAGAGAUAACAAUGACAGUGAAAUGAUUAUGGAUGCAACUAGCUAUUUGGAAAAAGUCCCAUGUGAAGUGGGGGCUAGUGACUGUCCCUUCAAUGCUGAAUGUAUCCCUUUGGGUUUAAAACUUCGGAAUGGUAUUUGCAAAUGUAUACCGGGCACUGAAGAAAACUCUCAAGGGUCCUGUGUCCAAACAAUAAGACCAUUUGCUAAAGGGCCCACAAUACCUAUGGACUCCAUAAAAAAGAAUGAUGAGUUAAUACCUGAUCCUAAAAAUGAUGAUUUGAAAACUGAAAGCUCAACCCCAAAAGCAAUUCAGAAUUUGACUGUGUCAGUUUCAGAUAAAACGGUACAAUUACCGGAUAAUGAAGUAACUUUGGCAGCUUACACUAUUCCAGAUGAGAAAACAACAAAUAGUCAUUACAACUAUGCAUGGACAUUAGUUGACCAAUCUAAAGGGGGAUUUACAGGUAAUAUGAAGCAAGACGGUGCAACAGUGAAGCUGACAGAUCUCACAGAAGGCCAAUACAGGUUCAAGGUGACAGUGAAUGGCACCAACUCGUACGGCGAAGGGUUUGCGACGGUGACAGUGAAGCCGCCUCAAAGGAUUAACACGCCUCCAAUGGUGGUCAUCACUCCGCAGUCACAGACUGUCAAGCUGCCUAAUUCCGGGGCUGUGCUUGAUGGCAGUGCUAGCAAGGAUGAUGAUGCUAUAAUUUCCUGGCACUGGGAUCUGACGUCAGGGCCGAUCGGCUACCAACCGCCAUUGCAGGAUGGGCCCACGUUAGUGCUCAAAGACUUGAAACAGCCAGGCAACUACACUUUCAGACUGACGGUGGAAGACUCUGAUCAUGUCAAGAACUUCACUACAGCAAAUAUUACAGUGUUAAAUCAUACAGAUUAUCCCCCUGAAGCAAACGCAGGACAAGAUGUGAUAAUAUAUUUACCGAACAACAAACUGACGCUAAACGGGAGUUUAUCAACUGACGACCAUGAGAUCACAUCCUGGGAAUGGACUAAAUCGGUUGAGGAUGAAAACAAAGCUGUUGAUAUGCAGAAUACACACUCGCCCUAUUUACAGUUGUCAAACCUUUCGGAAGGCGUGUACACGUUCGUGCUAAAAGUAACGGACUCGUCUGGCCAGUUUUCCACCGCGGACGUGCAUGUGUUUGUAAAACCGCCGACCAACACACCGCCCGUGGCUAACGCGGGCGCAGACGUGUUCAUAUCUCUCCCACAAACAUGGAUCACCCUGAACGGUUCGGCUUCACACGACGACCACAGAAUCGUGGCUUACACCUGGCGCUGCCUGUCGGGACCCACUAACUCUAACAUUGUAAACUUUAACGAGUCCGUCGCCAACGCUACUGGUCUCACUAAAGGCCAGUACGUAUUCUCGCUCACCGUACUGGACGAUAAUGGGAAUUCGGCUUCUGAUAAUGUCACCGUUACUGUCACACAGAAUAAAAACAGCCCACCCAAAGCGAAUGCUGGCGGCGACCAAGUAUUGAACCUGCCUGUGCCAGUUCUGAUCCUGAACGGGUCGAAGUCUUCGGACGACUUCAGGAUAGUCUCGUGGAAGUGGACGAGAGCCGGCGCUGGGCUCGCCGCGGGGACUGUGAUACUCAAUUCUGAUACACAACCUGUGCUGAUGCUAACCAACAUAGAGCCUGGGAGAUACGUCUUCGAGUUGACAGUCACGGACGACCAAGGGGAAUCGGGUCGGGACACAGUUAGCGUCCAAGUCAAGCCCGACCCACUAGAUAUGAACCUACUGGAGAUGACGCUCUUCACCCCCAUAUCUACGUUCACCCAGGGACAGCUAGACUCGCUAGUACAGAAGAUGACGUUGCUGUUGAAAGAUGACGUCAAAGUCAACGUGACCAGGGUGAAAGGACAGGUGGACUCUGGCAACACGCAACUCAUAUUCUUUUUGUCCAAAGAGGGCAAACCUCUAGAAGGCACUAAAGCCCUCGCCUUAGCACGCAUCGCAGCUACCGUAGAAGAAGGCGCGCACGUGCGUUCUUUUCUAUGUCUUAGCACGUGCUCAGGACGUGGCGUAUGCGACCAGGCGACAAGGACUUGCCGCUGCGACGCCUUCUGGAUGCAGAGCCUGUUCAACCAGCUAGGACCACUGGGUGAUGGGCAUCCAGACUGCGACUGGUCAGUGGUAUACGCCAGCCUGGGCGGGCUGGCUCUGCUGUGCGCGGCGGCGGCGCUGUGCUACGGCUGUGCGCGCGCCGCGUCACGCCUGUGCGCGCCCCGCAAGCGCGCCGCCCGGCCCAAGUACCGCCUGCUGCCGCUGCAGGGCCACGAGGACACGCCGUCAGUGUACGCGAGCCUGGGCGGGCCGGCACUGCUGUGCGCGGCGGCGGCGCUAUGCGCGCCCCGCAAGCGCGCCGCCCGGCCCAAGUACCGCCUGCUGCCGCUGCAGGGCCACGAGGACACGCCGUUCGCGAACAAAGGCAUAUCGGAGAGCGAAACAGAUUCAGACGUGCUAUUCGAGUCGAAAGGCCAGUCCACAUCGUUCCUCACGCGAUCCAUGAACGGGGAGCCACAAGGUAACAGUUGGAAGAAAAACGGACACUAUAAAAACAGCCGCAAAGUCAAAACGUAGCUGGAAACAAUACUGCCUUUGUUAUACAGUUUUCUUUGUGCAAUUCGCUAGUUAGCUGUUAGUGUGUAAAUGUCGCGUGCAAUUUGUAUACACUCAGUUGUAAAAUGUGUAGGGUAGGGUCAUGUUGCCUGUUCGCGACCAAACGACGGAUUAUCCCUUUAAUAAAAUGGAAAAUACUUAGAAAUGACACUUGUCAUACAUUCGGGUUUCUUUCUUUGUUCAUGCUUAUUUUUCUAUAUUCAUUACUGUUGUUUGGACGAGAACAAGCGACAUGACCCUAUUAUUGUAAGUUACUUAUGUUUGGUGAUUAUACCACGGUAAUACUUGA